AUGAACUCCCAUGCUCACUAUGAUCUCCCAACCCUUCUUCUUUCUUUCUCUUCAUCUGUUCUGAAAAUGGAUUGUCUUCUCAACAAUGGCGGUCUCAUUUCUGAACCUGGUUUUCGUUUUCACCCAACCGAUGAAGAACUCGUUCUUCAUUACCUCUACAGAAAGGUCGUGUCUUUCCCAUUACCCCCUUACUUUAUACCCGAAAUCAACGUCUGCCAAUUCGAUCCCUGGCUUCUACCAGGUGAUCCCGAGAAGAAGAGGUAUUUCUUCAGCAAACAUGAACCCAACUACUCAAAUUCAAACAGGUCAAACAUGGCCGCCGGUAACGGCUUCUGGAAAGCAACCGGAGUCGAAGAGCAAAUCGAUGUCUUUUCUAAUCAAUUUCGGAUUGUGGGUAUGAAGAAAACUCAUGUCUUUUACGUUGGGAAAUCUCCCAACGGUUCCAAGACUGAGUGGUUCAUGGACGAAUAUCGCCUAGCUGAUUUCCCAUUGGAGAAUUGGGUUUUGUGCAAAAUCUUUUUGAAGAAGAAUUACAGGAAGAAGAUAGCGGUGGAGGCAGCGCCGGCGCCGGCGCCGGAACUUGAUUCGAAUGGAACUGUGCCGGAAAAUACCUACUAA